AUGCCUUCCAACGACGCGCCCAACGAAGCAUGCCCCAACGAAAUCCCAUGGCCGACAAUAUUCUUCUGGAUGAUCUGUUUCGCCAUCAACGCCGCCGCGCAGUCUACAGGCCGAGUCCUCAACCUCGACCUCUCCUUUGGCCAACUCGCACUCUUGCGCAGCUCACCAAUUAUCUCCAUCUUCGACGCAACAGGCGUGGUCGCAUCGCUGUUAACCACUACUUACCAAUCACCAAUAAUAACAACGACACGCAUCCGCGAAGCGGCAUCCCGUAUGCUCCUCCGCCGCAUCGUGGACGAGGAAGACGACGACCGCCCGGAUAUCCGCGCGAUCCAGUCGCUCAAGGCACAGCGGUGGCCGCGGUGGAUCGGGUUCCUCCUCGGUGCUCUUCCGCAGUUCCUCAAGCUGUUUGCGGCGAGGGGUCUCGGUGUCGGCAUCGCGCUCUCACAGGCGCUGGGCGCCAUGUACUUGGCCUCGUGGAUUAUUUUCGAAGCCCUCAUCCUCAUUGCAGACAUUGACGGAAUCGAGUCCAUAAGAGCGCGCGGUAAACCGGGCCCCCGUCCGCGACACCAACCAGACUACAUCCGAGUCCUCGCCGAAAUCUGGACCGCCAUCGCAAUCUUGACGAGCGCUAUAAUCUACGCUCUCCCCGCCUGGUCCAUCUACCUCACAUCCCGCGCCCUAAUCGCAGAGAAUCCCGCUUCGCCCAGCAUGGCCUUUGUCCUCAACUACAUGCUCUUCCCAGCAGGCCUUAUCGGCUUCCACAUCCCCGUCUGGGCCGACCUACUAUGGACCACGGAUCCGGAAACCGAUAGUGCGAAAGGGUGGUUCGUGCUGCUGGGGACAUUCGUGCACUUCGCCGUCCCCCUCGCGGCGGUGCAUUCCAAGGCGGAGGCAUUCGGGUUCUCGGACGGGAUGGGGAGGGCGUGGGUUGAGGGGGCGUUGGGGGCUGCGUGUGUGCUGGGCCUGGACUUCUCUGAGAAUGGGUCCAUAGCAAGGUAUUUCGCUCACUUGAUUAUCUCUGGCUUUGACAUUGCAGCCAGGUCUUUCGGGAUAGCCUUGCAUGAGUCAGCGUCAUGA